GAUGGCGCCUCCCGUCAAGAAGCCAAAAGUCCAACCUUAAAUAUUUUCCAAAUGUCAAUAAACAAACGUAAAUAAUUGAUCAAUAAAAUGUCCAUGCCAAGAAAUCUACCGCAAAGCAAAGAAGCUCUUUUAAAAUCCUACAGAACGCGUCUUAAAGACGAUGUGAAAAGCAUGCUGGAAAAUUUUGAAGGCAUUGUUAAGCUUGCAAAGGGUGAACAUGAUACUCAGUUAUCAAGAAUGACACAAUGUGAGCAAGAUACAUAUGAAAUGCAUGUAAGGGCAGCCAACAUCGUAAGAGCUGGAGAAUCACUUAUGAAACUUGUUUCUGAUAUUAAACAGUACCUUAUUUUAAACGAUUUUCCUUCUGUUAAUGAAGCUAUUACACAAAACUCAAAAUUAUUCAGGACAAAACAAUCUGAAUGUGAUCAAAAGUUAAUGUCAUUGCGAGAUGAUAUGGCAGCAGAUUUAUACGAUUUAGAAGAGGAAUAUUAUAGUAGUAUUAAUAAAUAAUUUUACUUUAUUAAUUUAUU